AUGAGGACCGCAGUUGAUUCUUCUUCCUACCAACAUGUGGUCGUUCGAGGCCUACCAUACGAACGUGGUUAUUCUCACGGCCAGCAAGCUGCCCCCAAAGUCAAGGCCAAUGUGGAAUACUACAAACGGCCCGGGAAGCUGACUGAACAUGCAUUGAUGGAAAAGCUCAUUAAGGAUGUGUAUAUUCCCAACAUCUCCGCGCACUAUCCUGCGGCCCUCGAAGAGAUGAAGGGUAUUGCCGAUGGUGCUGGUGUGUCGCUGGAAGACAUCGUUCUGCUGAAUGCUCGAUAUGACCUGGCGCGAGUGGAUAACCCUGAAGACGACCAAGCGAACGAAUGCACGAGCGCAUUCUUUCUCAAGGAGACCACACAGAGCGGAGAUGUCCUGAACUGCCAGAAUUGGGACAUGUCUGCGCGGCUGUGGUUGACGGACUGCAUCAUCUACCUCGAAGUGCAUCCAGACCCGUCCGAGGCGAAGCCGUCCAUGUUUCUGGUCACUGAAGCCGGACAGCUGGGCCGUUCCGGGAUGAACUCAUUGGGGAUUGCCGUGACAGCCAACUCACUCAUGUCUACCGAGGACUAUGCGCCCAGCCCCAAAACACAAAAGCCGGUGAUGCCAAUGUCUUUGCUUCGACGCAUGAUCCUCGAAUGCAGUCAUUUAUCUGAGGCGUUCACCUUGCUUGAGAAUUUCCCACGCCAUGUCUCGAAUAAUCUCACCCUCGCCACCGCCGAAGGGUUUGGUAUCUGCCUGGAGAUAACUCCUAGCCGAAUUCACAAGGUCUACUGUGACAUCGACGACAGUUACCUCGUUCACACGAACCACUUCACGGAAACUUCGUUUCUGGCGCGCCAGGAUGUGAAAGACCGGUAUCCAGGUGGAAGUAGCUGGUUUCGACGCCAGCGAUUCGAACAAGGCAUCCGGCCAUACAAGAACGGCCUCGUCAGCAACGAACAGCUGAUCAAGGCUUUCUCGGAUCAUCUGAGCUAUCCUGAAGCCUUGUGCUGUCACCCGGAUAAAAACCCACUUGAUAAGGUCAUUGGAGGUUUGCCUGGGUACCCGUUCCGAGGAUCGACUGCCACAGUGGCCUGCGUGAUCUAUAAUCUUUCCCAAAGGACAGUCACGACGUGCAAAGGACCUCCAUGCCAAGGUAUUUUCAAAACUUUCCAGCUUGAAGGACCGGUGUCGCUGGAGGAUACUGCGCCCAAAAAGAAUGGUAGUGAAUGCAAGGAGCGUCGAGAAGUCCCGUGA